GAAGAGGUCGACGGCGAGACAAGAGGUGGAAAAUGACAGGGCGCGCAAAAAGAAAAACCAAAUCAAAUCAGGAGUCAUGCUCGGCCAAUGGACAGGUGAAAAAAGCCAGAGCUCAUGAAUUCGAAACCCUCCCUUCAUCAAGCCUGAAUCCAGAGCACCGUAAUGAGUUGACACAGCUGUAUGGUUUUCAAAUGCCAGAGGAUCUGUUCCACUUCUGGGACUUCUGCAAGGAGCUCAGUCCAGAGAACCCCCGUGAUGCCCUGAAAGACCCUCUGGGUCUACAGUUGGUCGGGCCUUUCGACAUUCUGGCCGGAGAUCACAGAAACGCUAAGAAUCCUCACCCCAACUUCCACCUUCAUUGGAGGUAUUUCUAUGACCCUCCCGAGUUUCAGACUGUGCUCAAAGGGAGCGAGGACACCCAGCACCACAUGGGCUACUACAGAGAUACUCCAGACUCCCUCCCUUCAUUUGUUGGGGAAAAUCAAGCUAAGAAGAGCUGCAGCAUAACCCAGAUGGGAGAUAACAUCUUUGCAGCUGUCUACCUGUAUUUGCUGAGGAAAAAGAAAGAGAGGAGCAGUAAGACAGCAAAGGAGACAGCUUUGGAAAGCUUGGAGUCAAAGCUGAGAAACAAGGCAGAGGCUUUAGGCUUUUCUUUAGAGCAGAAGACCAAAGGCAUGAAGGAGCGGGACAAAAAGGUGGUUACCAAGACCUUCCAUGGUGCUGGUAUCGUUGUGCCUGUUGACAAGAAUGAUGUAGGGUACAGAGAAUUACCAGAAACAGACGCCGUUCUCAAGAAGAUCUGCAAAGCCAUUGUCGAAGCUAGAAACGAUGAAGAACGCAUCAAGGCCUUUGGACCGAUCCAAGAGAUGAUCACGUUUGUUCAGUUUGCAAACGAUGAGUGCGAUUAUGGAAUGGGCUAUGAACUUGGAAUAGACCUCUUCUGUUAUGGUUCCCAUUACUUUCACAAGGUAGUCAAGCAGCUUCUACCAAUGGCUUACAACUUACUGAAAAGGAAUUUGUUUGGAGAAAUUCUGGAGAACCACCUGACCAGUCGCAGCCAUGACAAUUUGGACCAACUCUCUGCACACUGAAACAAAAGACUCUCCUUCAAAGUUCUCAUUCUGGUUCUUAUAAGCUUUCCCACCAUGUGUCUCUGAUGACUGGUGUUUGUUAUGGUUAAUGCUUUUCAGCGGUUCCGUUAUGAAAUCUGUUCAGCCGUAUCUUGUUUGUCUAAGUUACAUGUGUAAUAAAGCCCUUUUA